AUGGCCUACUGGCUCAAGCCUGUACAGCUAAAGGCAGCGGGCCGAGCCAGUAUUGGAUUCAAAGCAGCCCAAGCCCAAGUCUCACAGGUCACAACUUCACAGAUCAAGCUUCACUCCAUCGUCUUCUCCACUCAGAAGAAAUGGGAGCAAACAUAUGUGGUUUCGAUCCUAAAACAAGAGUCUGUUUAUCAUCAUGUUGGGUUAAGAGCUGCCAUUGUCGAGUUCUUGAAGCGGAGAUGCCUCUGGACACCCAUUAAAAAGAAGAAGACCUGCAGGCAGUUGCAGAGGCCAGAAAAGCAUCAGCAUCAGCAUCAGCUGUUGAAAUAUACCAAUCAGAUAACGCUACAGGAAUGGCUCGUAGCUUCACCGGGGUUCAACAAAGGUUGCAGUACCAAUGGAUCAAUAGAAUAUAAUAUUGGUGGUGGUGUUGUAGAAUUUCCAGGUAGGGUUUAUCCAUCAAGACAUGGAGACUUUGAAGUCUUGGCCGCUAGCUCUGGACAUAGAGAGAGUUUCUCAGUUGAUAGGUCUAUGAUUCUGAAGGUUGAUAGAGGUGAAAUGGAGGAUACUUCAUUUAGCAGAAGCCAAAGUGGGAAGAUAAAGAAAAGGGUCAGAUUCAAACUGCCUGAAGUUGCUGAUAUAUUCAUAUUGGAUUCAUCAAACAACACACAUUUCGAGAAAUAA